AUGGACGGGUUUGGCCUGAGCUCCACCCACUCCGCCGUGAAGUCGCUCGUCGGCCGGCUGACCGACGUCCUCUCCGACCAAGUGCAGCUGCUAGGCGGGCUGAGGCGCGAGGUGCAGUUCAUCCGGGACGAGAUGGAGAGCAUGAACGGCUUCCUCCUCAAUCAUGCCCGCAGGGGCCGCAUGGACCACCAGCUCCAGGCGUGGAUGAACCAGGUCAAGGACCUCGCCAACCAUUCCCAGUACUGCGUCGACCAGUACUUGCGGUGCCUCGGCACCACCAGCCACCGCUCGCCGGGUGGCCUCUGGGGCUCCGUGCGCCGUCUCCCCCGGUUCGUCAGCACGUUGCCGGCGCGCUACCGGUUGGCUAUCCAAAUCCAGGACAUCAAGAUCCGGGUAGUGGAGGUUAGCCAGAGGCAGCAGAGGUAUCCUCUCCAUGGCACGGCUACCGAGCAGGAGCCGCAGUCUGGCAUGGCCAGCGAUCAUAGCCAGCAAGCUUUCCUUACCGGUGACAGUGAAGCCGAUCAGCAGGAGCAUCUUCGGAGGCGUAUCUUGGCCGAAGACGACUCUGGCCUGUUCAAGGAGGCUGCUGAUGAGCUCACCAGCUGGCUGACAGUGGAAGGAGAUGGCAGAUCAGAUCUCAGAAUCAUCCCCAUUGUCGGCUCCCGUGGCAUGGGCAAAACCACUCUUGCUGAGCAAGUGUACAAAGGUUAUUCCUCAAGGUUGGCAGACCACAAGGCAUGGAUCUCGGUUGGCUCCAACCAAUCUCCACAGCAAGUACUCCGGGACAUACUCGCGCAGAUUGUAGGGCUUCAUGCUAACAAUCUGCAGGACAUGGGAACAUGGGGAAACAGCCAAAUCGCACUGAUGAUUCAGGAGCAGCUGGAAGGUAAAAGGUUCCUUAUUGUUCUUGAUGAUGUCUGCUCCGAGUCGCUCUGGAAAGAUAUCGAAGCUUCUCUCCACUGCGGUAAUUCUGCUCCCAGUGCUAUACUUGUCACCACAAGCUUGCCUGAAGUGGCACAGUCAUUUUGUCCUUACAGAAUAUAUGAUCUAAGGUAUAUCCAGGAGGAGCAUAACCGCUCCUUAGUUGAUUUCUUCCUCGUGAGAGCAGCUAACUUUAUAAGUGACAAUGGUCAUGGCAAAGCUAGUCUCAAGGAGGAGGUUCUUCGCAGCAUUUUAGUAAAAUGUUCCCCCUGUAUCUUUAGCAUGAAGAUGCUUCUCCGAUUCCUUUAUGCGAAUCCUAACAAGACCCUACAGGAACUGCAUGACUUCAGCAACAGCCUGUGCUUCUGCAGCCCUCUGCAUCUGUCUUCAUGGCUGUCCAAUGCCGAGAAAAUGCUCACAUUCUGCUACAACGCCUUGCCUUGUGAUUACAGGAGCUGCUUGCUGUAUCUUACCAUUUUCCCCAAUGACCACAAUAUCAGGAGAACGAGCCUGCUCAGAAAAUGGAUCGCGGAAGGCCUAAUAGCUGAAAGAGAUGGACUGAGUGCAUUUGAUGUUGCCAACCGAUGUUUUGAUGCUCUUCUCGCUCAAAGAUUUGUUCUUCCUGGUGAUGUUGGAAAUUCAGGCAAGGUAAACAGCUGCAGAGUGCACAAUCUAGUCCGUGACUUCAUUGCCUGGGUCAUCAGAGAUGACAACUUUGUGUACACAAAGCUACCAGUCGACUUGGCUCACCGUCUUCCCAUCCACAAUGGAGAAAGACUGCAGCAGGUCUCGCGGAUCAAACUUCGUGCUUCUCAUUUCGACGAUUGUUGGAGCAUGACAAGGUGUUGCUUCACAACGAAGUCAGUGGAUCCCUUGGCUGGCAUAUCCAUGUUACUUAGAUCAAUUCAGGAAUCUGCUCAACUAGGAUUACGCCUCAAUGUACUUGAUCUAGAAGGCUGCAAAGGAUUGGAGAAGUAUCACCUGAACAGCGUUUGCAAGAUAUUUCAACUCAAGUAUUUGAGCCUCAGGAAUACAGAUGUUUCCCACUUGCCCAAGAAGAUCGACAAGCUACAGUACCUGGAGACACUUGACAUCCGGCAAACCCAGAUAAAGGCAUUCCCAGGAAAGCAUUUUAUCCUUCCUGGGCUGAAGCACCUACUUGCUGGUUGCACCAAUUGUCCUAGCAAGAAAAAUAAUCUCAUGGAAAAGGAAUCUUGCUCGUUUUCCACUGUGCUCAUGCCUCAAAAAAUUGUGAGGAUGGGAAAGUUGGAGAUACUAUGCUAUGCUGAGGUUUCCAGUGGCCUCACUGGGCUAAUGGGCAUUUGUCAGUUACGACGACUCAGAAAAUUGGGAGUACUCUUGCAAGGUAAUGCAGCUUGUAAUCUGGAUUACUUGUUCCGACAAAUCGAUAUGUUGGAUAGAAGCCUGCACUCUUUGUCAAUCCGGAUGGAACGACUGAAGUUAGCCAAAGACGAUGCUCGCAAAAGGGAUGACAUGGUACCCGCGUCAUUUCCCUUCUCACCUCCAAAGUUUGUUCAGAAGCUAAACAUCAGUGGCAUCAGAAGUGCAUUGCUUGGUUGGAUUGGUGACCUCCACCAACUUUCCAAGAUAACUCUGCAUGAGACUUCACUCACGGAACAUGUUCUCGGUAUCCUGGGACAGCUUGGCAGCCUGCGGUGCCUCAAGCUCCAGUGCAAUUCAACCAUGGGUAGCAGUCUAUCGUUCAGGAGUGGAGCGUUUCGGAACCUCGUAGCUCUUGUUGUCCAGGACAAUAACCUCCUUGACAUUAUCUUUGAUUACGGAGCAGCUCCAAGGCUUGAGAGAGUGAUAUUGUCUAUCGCCGCCAUUGACUCUCUGUCUGGAGUACAGCACCUUCAGCAGCUGAAAGAGCUCGAGCUCCAUGGAAGUGCAAGAAACAUAGGCGAGGUCGAACAGGCCAUAGCAGGACACCAUAAUAAUCCAGUUUUCAGACACGAGCAAUGGAAUGAUCUUCACUGA